GCCCCAUUGCCGAUUAGAUACGUGCGGACCUGCCACUCGAACUCAACGCCUUCGAAUAGAAGCUUCACCAGCUCAAUCGUUCUUCGAAGUCGGCUAACAGCACCACGAUGAACAUCGGCGUGGCGUCGACGGUGACUCGCGGGCCAAGGACGCUCGCUUGGCUCACUGCGCUGCUCUGCUUUCUUGUUUAUCCUGCGGACGCGUUUGAACUGAUUCCAGGAGACUGGUUCGAACAGCCUUCGCAGGAUUCGCCACGGCUCGGUGACGAAUCACGGGCGCUGGCGAAGGCUCAAAGCUGGCUCAAGAUACAUCCGUGCCGUGAACACAGCUUGGGCGAGUCUUCAGGAGAAGCCCACCGAAGAGCGCUGGCCCUGGCUCUAAUCGAACCGGAGCUUUUCACGUCGUGUUCAUCCGAUGCACUUCUGCACAUACGGGACCUUCAACACCAGAUCUUGCUGCAGUCGACUGGAAAUCUGUCAGAGCCGGAAAAGCGAGGCCAGCUGGCGCUGCACGUUCUUGCCUUGGCCGCCGCUUGUCAGAAACCCGUGGACUCCAAUGGCCGUGACCUGGCCGCGAUUCUUCGAGAGAAACCACCGGUAGGCACGACACGCAACCGCUUCUCGCAAGCACUCGAGUUGCUGGCGCUUUGCGCUCUGGGCCACCGAGAACAGCACCUCAAAGACAUGGCGCUGGAAAAUGUCAUGGAACUGGAACGGCAAGGCGCCGCUUUCCUGGCGGACUCACUGGCCAUAAAUAUCCUGUCAGCCGUGUGCCUGGAGGAUGGAAAUACCGACGCGCUGCCGACGCCCAUCAUGAACGCCGUCAGGCAGCUGGCAGGGAUGCAGCUGUCCAACGGUAGCUUCGGCAACCUGCACACCUCGGCGCUUGUCACCCAGGCGCUGUGGGCUGCAGACCCCGAGGAAAGGCUGCCUCGGUGGAGCAAGGCGAAGGCCAUGCGUUUCAUCCUGGCCGCCCAGGAGGAAGAGGGUCACUUCGGCAACCUCCUGGCCACCUUUCAGGUGGCGCCCCUCCUCGCCGGCAAAACUCUCGCGGGGGUAGCCAGCCAUCACACUUCGUUCUGCAAAGCUAAGGCCGGACUCGAAGACUCAGCUUCUGGGCCCGACGCCGGACGCAUCUCCGUGUGGUAUUCUCUGUGGAUCGGCGACGCGGCCACCAAUCGUUCGAGCAUCACGGUAUGGGUACGACCAAACGCGACGUUCUUCGACGUGGUGCAGGCAGCAGCCGAAAAGGACCCUAGGUUCAGGAUGGAGUUCAAGCGAAGCAGUCUGGGACCAUACUUGACGUCACUGUCCGGCAUUGUUCAGAACACCGAAACGGGUUACUUCUGGAUGGCUCACGCCAUGAAUUUCGCGACAGGUGUCGUGACGCCACUGACUACGGGAAUCGGCUCGCAUACUGUGGCAGACUCCGACCACGUGAUCAUGUGGUACAAGAAGCCAGCAUUCUGAUUGGGCAAUCAACGGCCUGCGGGUCCGGUGACAUGAGAAGAUUAAUGAACGGCGACGUGACCACAUCCUCUCGUUUGAUCGGUGGACUUGAUAAACAUCAAAUGUUAACUGAAGACCAUGAAUAUUCGACCUCUGACUCUGAGAGGGUUUUGUAUAUAAAAAAAAAGUGAAGGCGUU